AAUCUAGAAACUUAUGAUCUGAGGGUAGACAAAGAGUGAAUGGAUCUGGGUCAUUGCCAACGAUUUUAAGUCAUGUCACACAAAGUCUUUAACUAUUGCUUGCCAUAAUCAUUUGAACUAAAACUAGGUAGUUUAUACCUGUAAAAGUGGGUCAGUUCAAUUGUCAAUUACUUCAUGGACUGAUGCCGUAUCUUGGUUUUGCUGCCUCUGACAUUCUUUCAGCCCAUUUUCACUCGUUCCACCAUUGAUCGUCGGAUGAGAUGCGUUUGAGCAUACAAAAUUUAUGUUUCUACCAUCACAGUCGAUAAAUAUUUACUACCUUGGUUGUCGAUUUGCCAUACAUACUAUGUACUCUAUGUUUAACGUCAGAAUUGCCAACUUGAUGGUCCAUAAAUAUACGUGAGAUAUUUCAAACAUAUGCAUAAUCAAGCACUGGUAAUUUAAGAAUAUCCUCUCUUUAAAGUUUCUUACAUAUUUCUUAUUUUGUGAAGCUUGAAUUUAUUGGCAAAUUGUUUGCAGUCACAUUGAAGGUCGGUAACAUUUUAUUGUCAGCGUUCUUGUUGUGAGGUAACUCUAGUCAUAGUUUUUAUCUUCUUUAUUUGUAGUUCCAAUGAUUCGUUUGGCGGAUAAAAUACGUCAAAGACAAAGUGGCAUCACCUCUACAGAACCAGAUGCUGUUCAAUCGGCUUCCGUUCGAAAUGCUACUAUCCGUGAUCGUCUUGUGUUACAGGAACUGCAAGAGUUAAGGGCUAAUAUAUCCUCCCAAUGUUCAAUUCAUCAUCCCGAUCCAAACAAACUCCAUGAAUUCACAUUAAUAGUAAGACCAAAUGAAGGAAUUUGGGCUGAUGGAAGUUAUCAUUUCAAUAUUGUUGUUCCCGAAGGUUACAAUCACACUCCACCACUAGUCAAUUGUACUACACAAAUUUGGCAUCCGAAUAUCGAUGAAGCUGGACGUGUUUGUUUGAGUUUACUUCGUCAGAGUUCGCUAGAUUUCUCUGGUUGGGCACCAACAAGACGUUUGCUUGAUGUUGUUUGGGGAAUCGAAUCUCUUUUUUCGGAUUUAUGCGAUUUCAACGAUGCACUGAAUACAACAGCUGCAGAACAAUACUUACGUGAUCCUGAGGCAUUUCAUGAUACUGCACGGAGCUAUGUCUUUCGUUUCGCACGAUAAUCAGUUUAUUUCCCCAUUCGACUUUGUGUAUUUUCAACGCUUGGAAGAAGCCCUGCACAAAUCCAACAUGUUAUUGUCCAGAGACACUUGGAGUUAAUUAUUUUUUAUUUUGUAAACAGAACUGAAUGCUUCAUGUAAAGUAUUGUUAAACAUCACUCUUUAUGGAAAGAGAUAUACAUUUAUCUAAUUUAAUGGUUUGCUUGUUUAUUCUGGUCACUUUAAUGAGCAAAGUUAAUUUUCGAUUACAGUGAGAAGUGCAUUCUGUUUGUCACUUUUAACAGCUAAUGGUUGUAAUAAAAUCAUAAAAUUAUAAUUUCGUCCUUUUGAUAUGGUUAUAAUUCUGUUUAUUAUGUCUGUAGUUUCAUCAAGAACUGAUAAUACCAGAUAGCACACAUAUAAAUAAUUUUUAUUUUACAGUUUAAUGCAGUCUAUCAGACUAUUGAAUUUGCUACCAAGAGGAAGUGUGACUGCAUGUUCAUUACGACUAGUUAGUACGACAAAUUCCUCACCACCACAUAAUCUCGAUAGUAAAACUCAGAAAACUGUAGAAUCUAUUAAAAAUGAAAAGAACAAGUCUACGGGAACUAUCUACAAUGUACCAGAGUACUAUGAACAUAAAACAUUUGGUUUUUACGACUUGGAGAUACAACUAAAAGGAUUUCGAUUACCACAACCUAAUCCUUCAUGAUCUUAUUAGUUUGCAAUUGUUUAAAACAUAUAAUUGUAUAAUGUAGUAUAUAAAGAAAUUAAUAAUGUACCAGGCACACGAAGUAAAUAUACAAAAUAUAUCAUUUCUUAUUUCCACUAUGACUUCUUUUACUCAAUAUUUUGUUAAGUUUGUAAUACCCUACUAACCUUGUAUAUAAGUAGUUGAACAAUUAUCUGUUUAUUUCUUUAGCCGUCAUCAACAAUGAAUAUUGAAACGUUAGAGAAGCGAGUAUCCGAACUAGAACAUUUAGUAUUUGGACCUACUAAAUCAGUGAAAAGGUUUACAACUGAACAUGAAAAAAAUUUAGUGGAUCAACUGUAUGAACUAUCCUCUGCUAUGUCAGUUGCUGAAAAACGUCCAGUUAGUAGUAAAUUACUAUCAAGAAUUAAUGAGAUUCAAAAAUAUACCGAUCCAAAUUUCAUGGAAGAUGAUACACUUUUGGCUCAGUCUAAAAUUGAAAUUAUUUUAGCUCAACGAGACAGGAUAGAGAAAAUCGGCAGUGAUCUUGAAAAGAUUUCAAAGUUGCGAGAUUGUUUAAAUCAUCCAGCAUUUGGAGGUUAGUUUUUUUUUCAUGUAGAAGUUUACCUGUUUUAGAAAUCAGCACGUUAAAACAGAAGUUUGAAGAUCUACGAAUGGUACAUAAUGAUCAAUAUGUCAUGUCCGAGAAGUUGGUCGCUGAUACACAAGCUUUAUUGGACACAUAUCAUAAUUUGAUACGUGACACAUCUAAAUUAUUCAUAUAUUGGAAUCAACGUGCUUUAGCCACAGGAUCAUCAGUGGACUCAUCUGAUUCAUGAUUGCCAGACUCUCAUCUAAUUUACCUUAAUUUUCUAUCCUCUAAUAUACUUUUUUUUCUGGUUGAGGGACAUAAACAAUUAUCCUGUCAUUAUUAUUAUAUUAUGUAAUAUGAUGUAACGUUUGUAUAUGGGCGGAAGCAACUUUUUAUCCUAACUUGAUCUGUACAAAAACGUAAAUAAAAGUGGUAAUUAUUCCUAUUGAUUAAUGUCCUCUGUUUUCUUUUAUUGUUUGUAUAUGAAGAGUUUAUAUGAAUAAAAUGAAAGGCAGA